GUUAUUACGAAUGACGUUUUAUAAGUUCCAUGGUCGAAGGAAGCUAAGUCUGUUAUAGCGCACACGAAGUAGCCGUAGGGGGCAUCUAAGCAACCUGCUACUUCUAGCCAAGACACACCAACCGGGCCGCCCCGUCCCUAACCUUGGCUCACGCCCCACCUUUCUUACUUCCACUAUUGACCGUAAAUCCUCAUGGUCUAGACACCUGCAUUGUAAACCAUAACAAAUAUAGACCAGCGAUGAUGGAUCUGAUCAGCAAAGGAUGUGGCGCAGUACAGACGCGCGGUUGUGGCUUCAAUAUUACACCCAUGCAUGGGCGGUGGCUAUGCGUCAGCGUGGUAUUAAGAGGGCGCUAACCUGUGCCAGGCUGCAUGGGAAGCUUAUCUUUAGCCUCUGCCCCGCUAUACGGAGGGGAUUGAAGAUGGGACGGAUAUCAUAUAUAUGUGACGGAUAACUUGGCGAACGAGAGUUAUCUUAGUGAACGAGAGAGACAUCGGUGAACGAGCGCUACUUUGGCUAUCUCGUCGCAACAACCAACCCCACUCAAGACCAUCUAUUCACCUCAAUGUCCUUCGGCUGGUCCGUCGGCGAUCUAAUCGCCGGCCUCGAGGUCGCCAUCCGCAUCGCCACUGCCCUCCAAGAUGCCGGCGGCGCGGCCGAAAAAUACCGCCAAACAACAACCUACCUCCUCUCCCUCUCCACCGUCCUCUACCAACUCCACCCUCCCCCACCCGGCCUCCUCGCCAUCGCCCCCGACGUGAAGAGCGUGCAUUCCGCCUUACAAGCCUUCCACUCCAAGCUCUCCACCAAAUUCGAGAAGAGCCUCGGAAGCGUCCCCUCCGACUGGGUAGCGCGGGUGCGGAGUAGCCCUCGGAAAGUCGAGUAUGCGCUGUUUAUGGAGAAACAGGUGGAGGCGCUGAGGAUAAAGCUAGAUGUGCCCCUAAAGGCGAUUAAUCUUGCUCUCGGGAUCGCGAUACACAAGCAGGGCCGCGACAAUGGGGAGGUGGGGAGGGAGACGUUAGAGGAGGUCGUGGAUCUAAAAGCUGCGCUGCCGGGGCUGGAGAAGGCGGUCCUGGCGGGCGUGCAGGAUAUUGUUUUAGCAUCUGCGCAGCGCGAGGAGGCGGAUCGUAUGUACACCACCGUCGGGGCGUGGUGUCGCGCCGUGCCGGUGGCGGAUACGUUUCACACCCACCUGCGUGAGAUGGCGGCGAGCUCAUGCCAGUGGAUUUUCCGGCGCGAGGAGUUCAUGCGGUGGCGCGGCGGUGGGCCGCUGGAGGGACACCAACCGGUGCUGUGGAUUACGGGGAUUCCAGGGUCAGGGAAAACGAGACUGGCGACGCGGGUUGUCGAGUCCCUUAAGGGGGAGGGGAGCGCGGUGGCGUACUUUUACUGUGAUACUAAGGAUGAGGGACGGAGGAGCGCGUUGAGUAUCCUGAGGACCUGGACGUGGCAGGUGCUGGAACAGCGGCCGCAACAGUUGGGUGAGGUGGCGAAGAUUUGUGCAAGGGAGCCGGUGCCUGGGGAAGGAAGUAUGGAAAAGGCGCUGAUGUGUGCUGUGGCUGGGGUGGAGGGGUUGGUGUUCGUUCUGGAUGGGUUGGAUGAGUGCGAGGAGGAGACGAGGAAGAAGCUGUAUCCGAUUGCGGCACGGCUGGCGGCAACCGCUCGGGUGCUCAUCGUGAGUAGGGAGAUGCCAGGGUCCCAUCGGGCGCUGAAGAGUGCGCUGCCGCACGAAGGCGGGUUGGUGUUUUAUCGGAUUGUGGAUGGGGAUAAUACGGAUGAUAUCAACGAUUAUCUUGAGCGUGCGGUUAGGGAACUGGAGAUUGGUGAUGAAGAGGUGGAGAAUACUGUUAUUUCAAAGCUGCAAGAAGGGGCUAGUGGAAUGUUUCUGUGGGCAACGCUGAUGCUUGAGGAGUUGUCGAGCCCGCAUUUUUUCGCGGAGGAGUAUCUCGAGGGGUUGGACGACCUACCGGACUCAUUGGACGCGCUGUAUGCGAGGAUACUGACUACGCUGAAUGCGAGCUUGAAGACGAGAGACGUUACGCGUAAGCUCUUUCGCUGGCUAACUUGUGCAAGGCGGCCUCUAACUUUGCCUGAAAUCAGCACGACUCUGCUCAUCACGAUUGAUGAUGAGGUUUUGAAAUCGCGAAGCAGGAUGCCAGAUGAUAAGCUCAGGGAUACGUUGCUGAGGUACUGUGGAUCGCUGGUCGCCAUACACGAAUCGAGAGACGGAGGUAGCCCGACAGUCACUCUCGUGCAUGCGUCGGUGAAGGACUUCCUACUCGAACAGAGCAGCUCUAAGGAGGCCUUCGGAUACCUAAUCCUCGACCCUGAAGAGACUCAAGCCAUCCUUGCACAGGAAUGCUUGACGUACAUCUCAUACAACAACAUCGACUUCGAUCCCAACACCAUGCAGGCCGACGAACCCCAUAUGUCCUUUCCCCCAGCCGAGAUGGGCCGCCGCUUCGAGGUUUACAUGGAGCAAUACCCCCUCCUCAUCUACGCUUCCUUAAACUGGUUUCUCCAUCUAGUAAUAGCACCACGCGAUCGCACCUACACCUCCCUAACACGAUUCUGCACCUCUAUCCCUAAAACCAUUUCCUGGCUACAGGUUAUGCUCCGCUACCGCGGAGACCGCAGCGUAUACUCCUCUAGCCCGGGAUACGCUGACUACACCGGCAUCACAACACUCCCGCACGUCCUUCCCCAGCAUGGCGACGAACUCAACAAGUGGCUACAGCCAUUUCGCACCGUUUCAGAGGGGCGCUCGAAUCUCCCGCGAUACGUGCAGUUCAUGUACUGCGGGAUGGCGAAUGAUUUCCUGCCGAAGCUCAGCGUUGCGGCGUACUUCGACUACGCCGACUACCUCGAGGACUGCCUGAAGAAGGGAAUGGACCCCAAUCUCAAGAAUUAUAGGGGCAAGACGCCGAUUUAUGCGGCGGCUAUGGCGGAGUCGUUGGAUGCGGCGAAAGUUCUGAUCAAGCACGGCGCUGAUCCGAAUGUGAUCGGACCUGGAGGAGUAGUGGCGUUGGUCUCAGCCAUACGGCUGGAUGACUGGCGUAACGCCGACGCAGUACCCUUCCGCGUCGCCGAAUUCCUCAUCGAGUCCGGUGCCGAUCCAUGCUAUAGCAACGGAGGUCUCCUUGCUCUCGCAUGCCUCUGUGCUAGUUCGAAUGACACACACGUCGUCUCUCUCGUAUCAUGCAUGCUCAAGCAUGGAGCUACCAAAGUCAUAAACAUUGGGAAGAACCCGUACUGGACGGCACUGCACUGGGCGGCUAAGGCUAAAGCUGCGCGGCUCGUGGCUCUGCUCCUGGAAAAUGGGGCGGAGGUCGAUAUUGGGUUUGGAGGGGAUAGAGUGAAUGCGCGCAAGUAUGAGACGCCGCUUGAUCAGGCUUGUUCGAUCACACAGCAGGCGGAAGAUGUGGUUCGUAUACUGCUCGAGGCGGGGGCGAGUGUAGAUGCGUUGCAUCGAGAUGGCCGCACGCCGCUGCAUCUCUCGUGUCGUCAGAGUCUUUGGAUCUCAAAGUUGCUCCUUGAGCACGGGGCAAAUGUCAACGCUGUUGCUAAUGACGGUAGCCGUCCAUUGCACGAUGCCGUUAAGGAGUCUAAUAUCCCGCUCAUAGACAUGUUACUUGCUAGGGGCGCCGCGUUGGAUGUCAAGGACAUAGAGGGACGCACUCCGUUAGAUCUUGCUCUUGACGUCGCAACCCCCAAUACCAGAGUCGUCACAGCUCUUAUCGACGUCGGAGCUUCGGCUCCAGACAAUGCGUUGUGGGAACUAGAAGUUGUGAAGAAAGGGGAAGUGCGGAUUAAGAAACGGGAAAAGAGAGCGCAGUACUGGCCGCAACAGCCACGAGAUAUUUUUGAAACAUCCUGGAUUCUACAGCACCAUGCUACAUCUAAAGCUCUACCUCGAAACAUUGUGCUUCGCAUCCUAGAUCUUUCAAGAUACUGGCUCCGCUCGAUCAGCAACCGCGAAGAGCCCAUCGCUCUAAACGAUGCCACCUCCCGCCGAGCACCGCCCUACCUCACUACUGAACCCAUAAUCGGGCGCUCCCUCUCCCCUAUCCGCGAACUCAUCUUCGACGUCACAAGUCACGACCAGGGCUAUAGUUCCUACCCCGAGUGCUACGGGACCUAUGAUAACUCGUGGACAUACUUUGAGUACGGCGUUGCGACAAGGGGAGGGGGAGAGCAGCCGUUUGAUUACGAGGGCCUCGAUCGCAGAGUCUGCGUGAAUGUGCAUGCAAAGCAAGCGGCUACUACUCAUAGGAAGCCGAUUAGGGAUUAUAGAAACGAUGGUCUCUUGAAGAGAAUCAAGGCAGGUGAUCGAGUGCAGGUGUUUGCCCAGGCGAGGUUUCCAGGGUGGGUGAAUUACGUAGAGAGGGUGAGCAUUACGUUGUAUACGACUUGUCUAUUAGAUUAACGGCCUCUUACGUAGAGAAUUGGUUUUACGCUCUUACCCUUUACCUUCUAUUAUGUGAUAGCAACCAUCUCAACCAUGUCUCGUUUCGCCCGCCAGCCGUGUUUUGGAAAUGGUGCAAAAAAGGGGCAUCGUUCCUUCCCCGGAUAGAAGGAUAACAGAUUGCUUCCAAUCGCGUCACCGCCAACCUUACCAAUCAACACAAGCACUUCUCGCAAAGCCAAUACGCCCAAGCACAGCCAAGCACCAUCCGUCAACCACGCAGCAAAAUGCUUACGACGACUCUGUACUCUUGGACACGGCCUGUCCCCAAGGGGCAGAAACAUGUGGCACGACGGAGGCAUCGGAGCGGGGUCUGGGCGAGACUGCCAAGACUUGGCGGGCGCAGAGGGACAAGAGACUCCGCCCCUUUGCCCAGCCCGGCCCUCGAGAGCGGAAUUCCGACCAAGGACGGCUGGGCGUGGUUCCAGAGUCGGUUGGAGGGUCUUGGCGCCACAGCGGGGCUUGGUUAUACGGUGGCCGGACAUGGCCGGACAGGCAAAUGAGCAAGUUCUCGGACAUUUUGGCGGACAAAACGUGCACAAAAGUGCGCACGAGGGAUGAAAAGUCUUGGCACGGGCUGAAAACUGGGCACAGAGUGUGGUACUACGGUGACCAGAAAUGCAAGGUGGCGAAAUUGCCUCGGAUAAGCAGGAAUUUGUCUUGGCGUCAUGGGUUUUCUUGGCUCCUUGGCCCGACCAUGGGCCAAGUGACUCCGCCCUUGGCCUUUGUGUGGAAUGAGGAAAGUCUCAGGCGAGAGGGGCGGAGGGGCUUGGGAGCGGCGGAUUGGCUGGGCGAAGGAGGGGGUCUUGGCACCGGAUUCGGAAUUCCGCUGGAUUGGCUGGGCGGUGGGGACCGGAGUCAAUAUUGGCAUGGUUUGGCAUGGGAAGAGGUC